AGAUUGAGAUUAAUUCCUUAUUUUUCCCUAUUUUAAGCUAUCAAAGAUCUAAAAAAAAUUCAAUCUUCAUCUUCUUACCCUCUCUUCAAGAUGCCAGCGCCCUCUAUCUUUCUCCCCCAUUCUUUCCGGCGAAAGGCACCAUCGCCGGUGAGCUCUACCUCUCGCUCCUCCUUCAGCUUCCUCUUUCCCUCUCUCCCUCAUCUCCCCCCUCUCUUAGACCAUUGCCUCCCCCUCUCUCUUUGUUAUCUUCCUUUUUCUACGUUGCUCCUCCUCCUCUUCUCCUCUUCUCGACUCCAGCGGCUCCAAGCAACACCGGUAGGCAGCAACAACUGGCGAUGAUCCAGGCACAGCCUCCGCCCCAUCCGUUCUUCCUCUUUUCUCCCCUCUUUUCUUUUACAUUCUUCUUCUCCUCCUUCCCUCCUCACCUGACCGCCAACAGUAGCCAUGAGGACCAGAAGCGAGCAGCUCCACUAGUGAGCAACUCUGGCGGAAACUGCCAGCAGCAGCCUAUGAAGCAGCAAGCCACCAACAGGCAACCCAAGGCGGAUCUGACUCCGGCAAAGGCUGCUCGAUCCAGCGGAAAAGCGAACUCCGAUGUAGUUUCCGAAGGUUUCAAGUGGGCUAAAAGAUGGAUCUUCAACAGAUCCGUCCCGGUGUCUUAUUGUUUUAUAUUUAGUCAUGUUAUUCAUGAGUUGAGCAGUGCCAAGGUGACCAGAAUCAGCAUCAUCUAGUGCCUCGUUGAUCCAGCUGAGAACUAAAAGUAACCAGGAUCAGCAUCAUCCAGCACAUCGUUGAUCCAACUGAGCACUCGAAGUUAGUGGUGAGCUUUCUUGCCUUCUUGAGGACACAUUUACAUUCUUUUAAGUUUUUUAUAGGAUAUUAUGGGGAUUUUCAUAACCUGCAUCUUAGUAUUAUAGAGGUUACAUAGACAAAUAGACAGUCAGACAUUUUAGUUUUGGGUCUAUCUUUAUCUGCAUUAUAGAUACUCUAUUGUGAGACCUAAGUGCCAUUUUGGCCAAGAUAUUUUAUUUUAGGUUCUCCUUAUGAGAAUGUUUCUUGCUUUAGAUUGAGUUAAGUAUUCGGUUGAGUUAAGUAGGUCAGGCCAAGGGUCCGCUCAAGGUCGGCAAUAGUGAUUGAGUAACAGACAUGUUAGGGUGUAGACUCGGGGCGUGACAGUAUGAGACCCCUUCAAGUUCGAAUACAUCGUGUACAUCUAGGGGGUAUCCUUGGGCCGUGACAUAAAUUGGUGGUGAAGUGUUAAUGUAAAGCAAUGAAAGCUAAGGAGAAAGUCAAGGAAAUUAUCGGCAUAAAGAAGAAAACAAGCUUAAGAUGUUUAAGGUAGGCAAUCCUGGUUGUCGCCAAUACCGCUCGGCGAACUGUUGAGUUACUGUUUAGCUCACCCAAUGUUCUAGUGUGCCAGCCUUAAGGAUGAACCUACUUGGCGAUAGAAAUGGGCAGUUGGAAGAUCGUUGACCUACUCAGUGGCAUCAACUUUAACCGCCUAAUGUCAAAGAACCCCUGAGGAGUGAGAGCCUAUGAAAACUGGUGAUGGACAGGAUCCCCGACCUUUUUGGCAAGAUCAACUUACUUCGCCUAAUGAACUUGAAGGACAAAAAUUGGGAAACUAUAAUUUGAAUUUUUAAAAGAAAAAGAGUUUGGAUUCCGGAAGUCUGUACAAUAUUAGUUUUCUCUUAGUUUUUGAGAUUCCUUUGUUAACUUUUAAGCUUCUGUGACUUGGUUGAGGGAAAAAAUUGGGUUUAUUAUUUAAUUGUAUUUGAAGCAUUGGAGAACUCGAAAAUAAUUACUCAUCUCAUGGCUUAUAUAGUUGGUAAUUGUUUCUCUUUUUUUAUGGUGUGUAGCUAAAACCCCAAUUAUUGGGGUGUAAUCAUAAAAUUAUUGGCUUAA